AUGUCUCAAGUUGAGAAACCAGUGAACACAGCCCAACCCGUUCAGGUCUAUGGCCGCAAGGUAAGGAAUUUGAUGUUUUUGUUUGGAUUUUAGGUGGUAGCAGAUGGUAUGGAAGUGUAGAUUUUUUUAAAAGUGUAAUUUCUUUUUAACGUGGUUUCUAUUGGCAAAUUUUAAAGAUUUUUGUUUGAAAAGCAACUUUUUUCGCUUUUAAUCUUUCUAGCUGGUUUUGUUAUCAAAGUUAAAUUUUUACGAUAGAUAUCUAAAACAAUGCAACGUUGUUGUAUUUCAGAAGCUGGCUACCGCCGUCGUGUACGCCAAGGAGGGCAAGGGUCUGAUCAAGGUUAACGGCCGUCCCCUUGAGCAUCUCCAGCCAGAGAUUCUUAGAAUCAAGCUUCAGGAGCCUCUCCUCAUCGUUGGAGCCGACAAAUUCGCCGGUAUCGACAUGAGAGUCCGCGUUAAGGGUGGUGGUGCUGUCGCUCAAGUUUAUGGUAAGUUUUUGGGUUUUUUAUUGUAAAUUUGGGUUUAGCAACAGAAUAGAAUGCGUUUAAAAGGUUAACUUUGAUCUUUAAGGAAGCUUGAUGUUGUUGUAGGGAUUUUUGUUGUUUUAGGUAAAAUAUAAUCAAAGAAGGGAGGAACAUUUUUUGUAGGGUAAAAGUAAACGCAGAUGUUGAAGUUUAAGAUUAUAACUUUCUUUAAAAUUUGUUUUUAAUGUUUUUUUUUGAGAUUUUGAAUAUAGCACAUAUUGAAACCGUUGAGAUUAUUUGUUUUGUUAUAAGUUUUCAUAGAUAGCUGGUUUCUUCAUAAGUACUGCGCUGGUCAUAGUUAUAUUAAUUUUUAAAGAAUCAAACAAUUUUACCUUGAACAUUUCAGCUAUCCGUCAAGCCAUCUCCAAAGCCUUGAUCGCCUACUACCAAAAGAACGUCGAUGAACAAAGCAAGAAACUGUUGAAGGAACUGUUGGUUACAUACGACCGUUCGUUGUUGGUCGCUGACCCACGUCGCCGUGAGCCCAAGAAGUUCGGUGGUCCAGGUGCCCGUGCCCGCUACCAAAAAUCUUACCGUUAA